AUGAACCCUUCCACCUCACGACGGAGGUCCUCUACGCCACCCUCGUCUCCACCUUACUCCUUCUCAAACGGGCACCACGAGCCUUUCGGCUCCUCGCUCUCUCAAUCGACUUCCAAACGCCCGACCCUCUCGACCGUCAAUUCAGGCACCAACACCCCCACCGAACAAAACCACUACGACAUCUACUGUAUACCCUGCACAUGCCCCUGUCUAUCCGUGCCGCAAACAACGGCCUAUCCCUCCGCUUCUUUCCUGAUCGUGCAUCGACAAUCAGGGAUGGCUACAGGUCUGGGCGUACGAUUCGGGAUACAAUCCUCUUCAACUUCACCCGAGGCGUUGAUAAGCGUUGUUGCCGAUCCGGGAUUUUCCUUGCAUCGCGAACCAGGGUUCGAUAAGGACAAGGCCGUCUUGCUCGGUUGGGUCGAACAGGAACGCCUCGGAUUCUUGGAACAAAUUAUUCGAGCGGUCGAGAUACGCAAACCACAGGUACGGCGAUCGACAACGAGGAGCUGUUAGGCACGCUCAGAAACCUGAGCUGACUGGAGGUCUCUACAGAACGGGAGAGAGAUGCUCGAUUGGCUCUUGGCCGUCGCUCGGGUGUUGGAGUACGAAGGCAUAGCCGCCAAUGGCGAAUUGCUCCUCGGCGACAUUCUCGACGCACGAACGGCAUAA